AUGACUGGCAAUCCGGUCGAGUGCGAUUGUAAAUUUGCUUGGAUUUACAGUGAUAACUAUCGUUCGCUGUUCAAUGGUUUGAGACGUUUAAACACACAAGAGGUUAUUUACUAUCUAAAUGACUUUUGUGAUAGCGAUGAAGAAGAUUCGCCCGCUGCUCUAUAUAUCUUACCUCCGGACAACGAAAAUGGUGCAAUCAGUGGAGAAGAUGAUGGUGAUGAAGACGACGUAGGUAAGCCAGAGGAUAUAUGUGUUGGUCAAUUGAAGGCACCUUGUGGGUUAGUGAUGAGCAGUGGUAAUAGGGUUUUAACGAUUGAUAAUGAUGAUGAGGAGGAUGACUUGGAAGUUGCUGAUUCUGUGUUGAUCGACAUAUUAGAAAACUCUACUCAGAACUUGCAAACUAAUUUGUUAGAGAAACAGGGCGAAAUGUCAAUAGAACCGCCACUGUUACGUACGGAAUCACAUUUUACCCGUAAUAACAUUCACGAAUUGCCCAAAGAUCUAUUUGCAAAUCAGCAUCAACUUUUAAUACUGGAUUUGAGUCACAAUUUAUUGACAUGUCUAACGCCUAACCUUUUCGAUCACACUCCUUGGCUAUGGCAAUUGAAACUUGGUGGCAAUCUCCUGCACGACACUACAAAUCUUAUGGAAAAUCUGAAACCGCUGGAUUAUCUGCAUAAGCUAGACUUAAGUCAGAACCAACUGCAAACUAUUUGGUGCAACGAGACUUCCGUCAAUGCAACGCCAAAGUCACUGAAAAUAUUUCGAUACAGCAAUAUGGGCAUGAAUUUGACUUUAGCGGACGGUCUUAAUUAUAUCACAAGGUUGCAACCAGAGAAUUACGAAGGUGGCAAGCUUAACUUAACAGUAAUCAAUUUAAGUGGCAAUCGUUUGCGUGAAUUCUCUUUGGAUUGGCUUGUAGCAGCGGACAUUACAUGUCCUUUUGAAAUAAACUUAGAGCACAAUUUGAUUGAAAACGUGUUUGCUUCAAAAAAUGUCUUUAAUACAACAGACGAUUGUCACCGCGAAAUCAAAAUGACUGGUAAUCCGGUCGAAUGCGAUUGUAAAUUUGCUUGGAUUUACAGCGAAAACUAUCGUUCGCUGUUCAAUGGUUUGAGGUGCGUUCAGACGUCAAAAGAUCUCGCGCAGCUGGAACGUAAUGAAAUGUGUCCUUGGAAACCGGUAAUGUGCCCUAGCACAUGCAAUUGUUACACACAAUCUGAAUUCCUGCACAUCAAAUGCAAGGGUACGCAGCAUAUCGAGCAGCUCCCACGACCCGAGCAAGUUGGGCUCAAGAGUUCGGUACUUGAUAUUAGCGAUAAUAAUUUCAUUGUAUUGCCGCUAAACACCACCUUUGGGUACGAUAAAGUUUCGCAACUCAACGCGUCGUACAAUAAAAUCACGAACAUAUAUCUCACUCAACUGCCGCCCAAUUUGACGGUUUUGGAUCUACGAAAUAAUCGCUUCAAUUCUUUAGAUGAUGAAUUUUUGCGUACAUACCUCAAUGACAGCACAAAACUAGAAUUUCUCUAUCUCAGUGAAAAUCCUUGGUUUUGCGACUGUAGCGCGCAGCAAUUGCUGUACACCAUACGUACACAUCGGGCACGCAUACCCGAUGCCGACCAGUUACUUUGUGUUAAUCAGCAGAACGUUACACUCCUAACAGCAAAUCUGAGAGAAUUGUGUUCUUCUCCUGUUAAUGCUGCAUAUUAUCAGCUCGUAAAUGUUAUUGUGAUUUCUGUAGCGUCAGCCAUUAUUAUCUUACUUUGCAUUAUCGCACUAUUCUAUAAAUAUAAAUUAGAAGUUAAAGUCUGGUUAUAUGGCCACAACAUAUUAAGAUUCUGGAUUAACGAAUGUCAGCUGGAUAAGCAUAAAAAAUUUGAUGCCUUUAUUUCAUAUGCACACCAGGAUGCAGACUUCGUCAACCAUACAUUACUGCCGCAACUCGAACAGUCCGAACCACCAUUUCGUGUAUGCACACACGAGCGCAAUUGGCUGGCUGGCGCUUAUAUACCUGAACAAAUCAUCGAAUCGGUGGAACAGUCACGUCGGACGAUCAUUGUGCUCUCGCAGCACUUCAUCGAGUCGGAUUGGGCGCGCAUGGAGUUUCGCACAGCGCAUCAGUGCUCGUUGAACGAGGGUCGUGCGCGCAUAAUAAUGAUUAAAUAUGGUGAAAUCUCGAACAGUGAGUUAUUGGACAGAGAACUAAAAGCAUAUUUAAAUAUGAAUACAUAUCUGGAUUGGCAAGAUGUCAGAUUUUGGGACAAAUUACGCUACGCCAUGCCCCAUAAAUUGGGUGGAGAGAAGAAUUCCGAUAUGCUUGAAGUUAAUGGUAGAAUGUAUGUUAUGGGACAAGUUGAGAUGAAUCGUUUGCGUGACGAGAGUGUAGGCCGCUCGGCUGCUAUGGAUUUAGAGUUAGGCAAACAAUCUAAAAUCUUCAAGACAUACCUUUUGCGCAUAUACGAUACGUCAGCAAAAUUAAAUUUUUUAAUAGAUACCGGUGCGGACGUUUCCGUUAUACCAAAAUGCAACAACACAGCCCGAACUUCUCCUAACGGUAUGAAAUUGUUUGCCGCAAAUGAAUCGCCGAUCUCUGUAUUCGAGUAUAGUGAUAUCACACGCUCUCAUCCGCUAAAUUCACCAACAAAAUCGUCGGUAGAACAUCGAAUUAUUACCACCGGUCAACCGGUCUUCGUACGACCACGACGCCUUUCACCCGAGAAACUAACCGCCGCAAAAUCCGAUUUUGAUUCGCUGAUAAAACUGGUCAUUUGUCGCCCAUCCAGUAGUAACUGGGAAUUGCCCAAAGAUCUAUUUGCAAAACAGCAUCAACUUUUAAUACUGGAUUUGAGUCACAAUUUAUUGACAUAUCUAACGACACACCUUUUCGAUCAAACUCCUUUAUUAUGGCAAUUGAAUCUGGGUGGCAAUCUCCUGCACGACACUACAAAUCUUAUGGAAAAUCUGAAACCCCUGCAUUAUCUACAUAGGCUUGACUUAAGUCAGAACCAACUGCAAACUUUUUCGAGCACUGAGACUUCCGUCAAUGCAACGCCAACGUCACUGAAAAUAUUUCGAUACAGGUAUAUGAGCAACAAUUUGGCUUUAGCGGACGGUCUUAAUUAUAUCACAAGGUUGCAACCAGAGAAUUACGAAGGUGGCAAGCUUAACUUAACAGUAAUCAAUUUAAGUGGCAAUCGUUUGCGUGAAUUCUCUUUGGAUUGGCUUGUAGCAUCGGAAAUUACAUGCCCUUUUGAAAUAAACCUAGAGCACAAUUUCAUUAAAAACAUGUUUGCUUUACAAAAUUUCCUUAGUACAACUGACGACUGUUCGCGCGAAAUCAAAAUGACUGGCAAUCCGGUCGAGUGCGAUUGUAAAUUUGCUUGGAUUUACAGCGAAAACUAUCGUUCGCUGUUCAAUGGUUUGAGGUGCGUUCAGACGUCAAAAGAUCUCGCGCAGCUGGAACGUAAUGAAAUGUGUCCUUGGAAACCGGUAAUGUGCCCUAGCACAUGCAAUUGUUACACACAAUCUGAAUUCCUGCACAUCAAAUGCAAGGGUACGCAGCAUAUCGAGCAGCUCCCACGACCCGAGCAAGUUGGGCUCAAGAGUUCGGUACUUGAUAUUAGCGAUAAUAAUUUCAUUGUAUUGCCGCCAAACACCACCUUUGGGUACGAUAAAGUUUCGCAACUCAACGCGUCGUACAAUAAAAUCACGAACAUAUAUCUCACUCAACUGCCGCCCAAUUUGACGGUUUUGGAUCUACGAAAUAAUCGCUUAAAAUCUUUAGAUGAUGAAUUUUUGCGUACAUACCUCAAUGACAGCACAAAACUAGAAUUUCUCUAUCUCAGUGAAAAUCCUUGGUUUUGCGACUGUACCACGAAGCAAUUGCUGUACACCAUACGUACACAUCGGGCGCGCAUACCUGAUGCCGACUCGUUACUUUGUUAUAAUAAGCAGAACGUUACACUCCUAACAGCAAAUCUGAGAGAAUUGUGUUCUUCUCCUGUUAGUGCUGCAUAUUAUCAGCUCGUAAAUGUUAUUGUUAUUUCUGUAGCGUCAGCCAUUAUUAUCUUACUUUGCAUUAUCGCACUAUUCUAUAAAUAUAAAUUAGAAGUUAAAGUCUGGUUAUAUGGCCACAACAUAUUAAGAUUCUGGAUUAACGAAUGUCAGCUGGAUAAGCAUAAAAAAUUCGAUGCCUUUAUUUCAUAUGCACACCAGGAUGCAGACUUCGUCAACCAUACAUUACUGCCGCAACUCGAGCAGUCCGAACCACCAUUUCGUGUAUGCACGCACGAACGCAAUUGGCUGGCUGGCGCUUAUAUACCUGAACAAAUCAUCGAAUCGGUGGAACAGUCACGUCGGACGAUCAUUGUGCUCUCGAAGCACUUCAUCGAGUCGGAUUGGGCGCGCAUGGAGUUUCGCACAGCGCAUCAGUGCUCUUUGAACGAGGGUCGUGCGCGCAUAAUAAUGAUUAAAUAUGGUGAAAUCUCGAACAGUGAGUUAUUGGAUAGAGAAUUAAAGGCAUAUUUGGACAUGAAUACAUAUCUGGAUUGGCAAGAUGUCAGAUUUUGGGACAAAUUACGCUACGCCAUGCCCCAUAAAUUGGGUGGAGAGAAGAAUUCCGAUAUGCUUGAAGUUAAUGGUAGAAUGUAUGUUAUGGGACAAGUUGAGAUGAAUCGUUUGCGUGACGAGAGUGCUUAA